AUGUUGAAAAUAGUUUUGGUUGUUCUCCUGGCUUUUUUGGUUCAAUAUGUAUUCAAAACACUAUUAAUGUUUGAUAUUCACAAACAAACGUACAAUCAUCGGCCAGGACAAUGCAGAAAAAUAGAAGGACCAGUUCACGGAUCAGAAGAUAUAACAAUUGUUGAUGAGAAGAACAUUGCAUUUAUUACUUCUGGAUUAGUCUAUUUGAAUGAUGAUCCAUCUCGUGCCACGUGGAAAGGACAUAUAUUCGUUUAUGACUUGACAAAGAGAACCUAUAAAGCAGAAUCAAUUCCAAUUCUGAAUCUGGAGGAUGAAGAAGGAUUCCAUCCACACGGAAUAUCUCAUUGGGUGAAGAAAGAUGGAUCGAUUCGAUUGUUCAUUGUUGUUCAUUCGAAGGAUUUCAAGCAUUCUAUUGUUAUUCUGGAUUUCGAUGAAUCCAAACGGCAAUUGAAUCAUGUCAAAACAUUGAAAGAUGAGAAAUUCGUCAGACCAAAUGAUAUUGUUGCAACUGGAGAUAACUCAUUCCUUGUUUCAAAUGAUGGUGGUGCUCAGACUGUUUUGGCAAACGCAAUCGAAAUGCUGACAGGGUUUUUCAAAGGAGGAUUAGUAUAUUACGAUGGAAAGAAGACACAAUACCUUCUGGAGAAUACUGUAGCCAAUGGUAUAAUUCUGUCUCGUGACAGAAAAACUCUAUUCGUUUCUCAUAUAAAUCAAGAAACCAUCGGAGUCUUUGCUUGGAAUCAAGAGAAAGUUUCAAUUCGAAAGAUUUCUGAGAUUGAAACUCUCACUGGAUGUGAUAACUUCUUUAUUGAUCAAGAGAACAACCUGUGGUCGGGAUGCCAUCCUGUACUAAAAGACGCUGUCGGACAUCUUGGUGAUGCCACGAAUCCAUCUCUUUUCUCUCAGUCUCAAGUCCUUCGUUUCAAAUUUUCAUCCGAUUUGAAGACAGCUGAAAUGGUUGAAGUAUUCUCUGAUGAUGGAAAAUUCACUUCUGCAAGUGCAAUUGCUGCAACAUUUGACAAUGGGAAGCAACUUUUGAUCGGAACGGUUUUCCGUGAUCUAACUCAUUGUGAUAUUGAUGUUCCACUUGAUUUCUGA